AUGCCAGGCGACGUACGUGAGAGUAUGGAGCAAGACCCUGCGGAGAUGGAGAAGUUGAUUCUUCAUCAUAUGGAGUCAGACGAACAUGGUCGGCCGAUCUUGCACUCUGUGCCCAGUCAUGGCGGCGAUGAGCCGUAUCGUACCGCCCGCGGCGGCUACAUGGCGCCAGGCCAGGAACAUGUAGAUGCAGAGGUCGAUCAUGCUGGUCGUCCGCCAUGGCUCCGUCAUUUUGAUUUGAGUCGUAUGCCACCAGCACGUCGGCGCAUGGUCCAGCUGUGGAGCUUGCUAUGCAUUGCCGGCCUGCUCGCUGGUCUCUUUUACUUUGCGCUGAGCCCAUCCUCCUCGCAUGAUGACAAGUCUGUGGAAGUCCAGACGAAGAAGCCUACCACGGCUCAGCGUCGUCCUGCGUCGUUUCCUACGUACAUUGGAUGGCCGGGCUCCUAUGAAACGGGCACACCGCCGCAGUUUGCCGACGAAAUGCAGCCGGCGCCUACCCCCACCCGCGGCGUCUCGCCUAUCCAGACGUCGAUGCCCGAGUUUGACGAGAAGUUCAAUCCAUUCUACCAUAUGGGCCCCCUCUCGCCGUACUAUUCUGCCCAGCAUGGCGAUAUCGAUAACGCGCGCUACCUUGCGACACCCGAGUCCGCCAAUGGCACAUGCUCGUUGCGCCAGGUGCACAUUCUGCACCGCCAUGGCUCGCGGUAUCCGACCAAGGGCGCACCGACGGAGGCCGUAUCUGCGUUGCUAGCUCAGCCCGGUGUUACGUUCGAUGGGCCUCUGGCUUUCCUUUCGCACUACACGUACCGCUUGGGCUCGGAGCUUCUUGUACCGCUUGGCCGGGAGCAGCUGCACAUGUCUGGUGUUAAAGCUGCGAUGGACUAUGGCCGCCUGGCCGCCGACGACUUGGAGCAUGGCAGGAAAUUGCUUGUUCGCACAGGCAGUCAGCAGCGCAUCGUCGAUAGCGCUCUGGCUUGGGCGACAGGGUUCUGGGGCAACUCAUGGGUCAACAAGACGAACGUUGAGAUCCAAAUUGAGGAGCCAGGCUUUAAUACGACGCUUGCGCCCAACUUUGCAUGCAGUGCGGCCGCUGAAUCGUUCCAAGUGGCCGACUGGGUUCAGACAUACUUGGCCAAGGCAACGAAGCGCUUGCAAGCGCAUGUGCAUGGCGCAACUCUUACGCCGGCGAUCUUGUUUGGCAUGCAGCAGCUGUGCUCGUACGAUACAGUGGCGUACGGCCGCAGCGAGUUUUGCCAUUUGUUCACGGAAGAGGAGUGGCGUGGCUAUGAAUUUGCCUGGGACCAGCGCUUUUACUACGAUUACGGUGCUGGGAAUGUUGUCGGUCCUGCGAUGGGUCUCGGUUGGCUCAAUGAGAUGCUUCAUCGUAUGACACACAAAGCAUGGGACCCAGCGACGCAGACGUCGGAGAAUGCGACGCUGAACAACGAUGCGGCAUACUUCCCUGUCGAUCGUGCGAUCUAUGCGGACUUUACGCACGACUCGGUGAUCACAAGCGUCCUUGCAGCUAUGCGUCUUAAGGAGCUGGGUGUGGCGCCUUCCGUGGACGAUCCCCAUCGCGCUUUCCGAACCUCGCAGGUGGUGCCCUUCGGUGCACGUAUGGUGUUUGAGGUAUUUGACUGCCCAUCCCCCGUCCCGAACCCGCCUUUGCCACCGCCUACGCUGCGCCGUCGACGUGUGCCGCUGAAAGCGUACCCACCGCAGACGUAUGUGCGUAUGAAACUCAACGACGCGAUUGUCCCGCUGCGGCAGCUGGAGCACUGUGAGGACCGCGUGGAUGGCCUGUGCACUCUCCGCCAGUUCUUGGCUUCGCAUGCUGACCGCCAUGAGCAGGGCUGGUGGGCCAAAUGCACAGGCGCUUAA